UAGAGUGGUUUGCUUGCUCUUUGGUCAAACACUGACUAUUGCAAAUGACUAUCCAGGGACAGGCACAGCUCAGAGAGGCCGAGUUUUGCUUCUCCUGAGUUUAUUUCUCUGGACCCCUGACUGCCAGGUGCUGAGAACCGAGGAAGCAGAUAUAAAGAACUGAAGUAACCUUUCCUGGCUAAAGAUGGAAAACAGCACCACGACCAUUUCUCGGGAGGAGCUUGAGGAGCUGCAGGAAGCGUUUAAUAAAAUAGAUAUUGACAACAGUGGGUAUGUUAGUGACUAUGAACUUCAGGACCUAUUUAAGGAGGCAAGUCUUCCUCUUCCUGGGUACAAGGUGCGCGAGAUUGUGGAGAAAAUUUUAGUAGUUGCUGACAACAACAAAGAUGGCAAAAUCAGUUUUGAAGAGUUUGUGUCACUAAUGCAAGAGUUAAAAAGCAAAGACAUCAGCAAAACAUUCCGGAAAAUAAUUAACAAAAGGGAAGGGAUCACUGCUAUUGGGGGGACUUCGUCCAUCUCCAGCGAGGGGACACAGCACUCCUACUCAGAGGAAGAAAAAGUGGCUUUUGUUAACUGGAUAAACAAAGCUCUGGAGAAUGACCCCGACUGUAACCACCUUCUGCCCAUGAACCCCAACGACGGCAGCCUUUUCAAGUCGCUUGCAGAUGGCAUCCUGCUUUGCAAAAUGAUCAACCUAUCUGAACCAGAUACGAUUGAUGAGAGGGCCAUUAAUAAGAAGAAGCUCACUCCAUUCACGGUUUCCGAAAAUCUGAACCUUGCCCUGAAUUCCGCCUCCGCCAUCGGUUGCACUGUGGUCAACAUCGGUGCACAGGAUCUCAAAGAAGGAAAGCCCCACUUGGUCUUGGGGCUGCUCUGGCAGAUCAUCAAAGUUGGCCUCUUUGCUGAUAUUGAGAUUUCCCGGAACGAAGCCUUGAUCGCCUUGCUCAACGAUGGUGAGGAGCUGGAGGAGCUGAUGAAGCUUUCUCCUGAGGAGUUGCUGCUGCGGUGGGUGAACUACCAUCUGACGAACGCGGGGUGGCGCACCAUCAACAACUUCAGCCAGGACAUUAAGGACUCAAAAGCUUAUUUCCAUCUGCUUAAUCAGAUUGCUCCUAAAGGAGACCGAGAUGGGGGCCCCGCCAUUGCCAUUGAUCUUUCAGGAUUUAAUGAGAAAAAUGACCUGAAGCGCGCCGGAUUCAUGCUUCAGGAAGCGGAUAAGCUUGGCUGCAGACAGUUUGUUACUCCUGCAGAUGUGGUUUCAGGAAACCCUAAGCUAAAUUUAGCCUUUGUAGCGAAUCUUUUUAACACAUACCCAUGCCUCCACAAGCCUGAUAACAGUGACAUUGAUAUCAAUUUACUGGAAGGAGAAAGCAAGGAAGAGAGAACAUUCCGGAACUGGAUGAAUUCACUGGGGGUCAACCCGUACAUCAACCAUUUGUACAGUGACCUUGCAGACGCUUUGGUGAUCUUUCAGCUCUAUGAGAUGAUCCGAGUGCCGGUCAACUGGAGCCAUGUCAACAAGCCCCCUUACCCUGCUCUUGGAGGGAACAUGAAGAAGAUUGAAAACUGUAACUAUGCAGUAGAACUUGGGAAGAAUGAGGCCAAAUUCUCUCUGGUUGGCAUUGCAGGGCAGGACUUAAAUGAAGGGAAUUCAACGCUCACUCUGGCUCUGGUGUGGCAGCUGAUGAGAAGAUACACGCUGAAUGUAUUAUCAGAUCUUGGAGAAGGUGAAAAAGUCAAUGAUGAUAUUAUUAUUAAGUGGGUCAAUCAGACCCUUAAAGCUGCAAACAAAAGUACUUCUAUUUCCAGCUUCAAGGAUAAAUCUAUUAGUACGAGUUUGCCUGUCUUAGAUUUAAUAGAUGCCAUUGCACCAAAUGCAGUUCGUCAAGAAAUGAUCAAGAGAGAAAACUUGACUGAUGAGGACAAACUGAAUAAUGCUAAAUACGCCAUUUCAGUGGCUCGGAAGAUUGGGGCCCGGAUAUAUGCAUUACCUGAUGACCUCGUCGAAGUAAAGCCCAAGAUGGUUAUGACAGUGUUUGCCUGCUUAAUGGGAAAAGGACUGAACAGAAUAAAAUAAUGAAAAUUUACUCUAAUCUGCCACAUUAUACACAUCAAAUGUCUGCGUUUACAGAAUUAUGAAAUGUAGUGAAUAUAAAAUCAGAAUAUCUGUAUGCUCAAAAUAGUUCUGUAUCCAGUAAUGAAUAAUAUCUUGUCCGUGCUAGUUAGAAUUUGUCAAUCAUUUUGGAUAACACAAUUACUUUAACAAUCAGUACCAAUACAGGAAUGUCUUAUCAAACUGCUAUUUCAUAAUUAAGUUAUUUUAUUUUCUAAAAGUCUUACCGGAAGACGACGACUAAUCAUUCUUUUUCAUGGCUCAAAGAAGACCUGUAUAAAGUUUGUCAGGUCCUUCUAUUAAAUGUGUUUGGAAUUUUUUUUUUUUUUUGAUGUGUUACUUAAUUUACCUAAAGUCAUGAUCCAGCUUAAUCUUUUUGUUUUUUUUCCCCCUAUGUAAAGUGAUUUAAAACUUUCUGUAAAUUUAUCAUAUAAAAGUUUAAAGGGAUAAAUGUAGCUUAUCAGCAUUAAUCUUUUUUAAUAUGAGAAACGACUCUUGAAUAAACCCCAAGGCUCACUCUCUUAUACAAGCUGUAGGAGCUUUUUACUUAAAGUUUGAUUGUAACUGUGUUGCUACUUUACACAUGUUAGUUUAAUAAUAUAGCUUUAUCUCCAACAUGUAGCAUAAUACUUCAUUGGGUAAGAUGUUACAUAUCUGUAUUUCUCUAAAUCUGUAUUACCUAGAUUUGCUUAAAUAGUAUGUAUGAAGUGGUCAGCCAGCCAUUAAGUAUUUUUGCCCCUGCAAUGUGUGUGACACUUUCCAAUUUGUGAAUAUCUGAUAUGUGAAGACAUCUUUUACAAAUAUUAAUUAUGAGCGUGCAUAUAGUUAUUUUUCACCUAAUUCCUUUCACAUACUUGCAGCCAAACACUGGAUAGAACAUCCCAGCCGACACUGUCAAUAUCCUGUUAGCGUCCUUUAUACUUACUAGUUUCAGUCUAAAACGAAACCUACAUAAUUAGAAUAUGCCCACCAAAUAACUUUAAUAGAAAGCAUAUAAAAGCUAAUGACCAUCAUACUUUGUUUUUCACAGCCCUGUAUAAACUGGAAAUUUUUAAGGUUUGUGUUCCUUAGGAAAAGUUAAAGCUCGAAACCUCUUUUCCCCAGAAUAUUUAGCAGCAGAGAAAUUCUGUUACUCAUAGCUGAAGCCAGAAAUAUGCUUCCCUCCUCCUCAUUUUCCACUUUAGUGCCAGUGAGCAAUACUACUAUGCAACAAAAGUGCUGUCACUUAUGACCGUGUGAAUGAGUUGUCUACAUCCUCUCCUUCCAUUGAUCAAAACAGACAUUAAGAGUGAGAGUGUCUAUGUGUUUAGGGUAGACUUUUUUAAAUGAAAUUCUAACAGGUGAAGUUCUGAAAUAUAUUCUUCUACAUGAAAUUUCUUUGCCUUUUAUAUUUUGACGAUUGUUUUCUUAUAUGAAGAUGUAAGUAUGCUCUUCCUCCUUUUCUGAGAUUAUUUAAAUCAUGCCUCUGAUUUUUUUCACUGUCAUAUUUACUAAAAUAAUCUGAUUUACAUGGAAUUUAGCACUUUAAGGUGUUCUUUUUCUCACAAAGUAUAUUUAAUAAAAAUGCUGUGUCUGUAGAA